AUGGCUUCGACGCCGGCAAAAGAAUCUCAGUCAACUGAGAAGGUCGACACCCGGCGGUCGAUCUUUCCAGAGGGCGGCCAAGUCCACCCCAUCAAGCCGAUUGAGAGACCACCCAUUCUGUGUCUGGGCAGUCCACGCACGGGUACUGCUUCAUUGAUGAGGGCCCUCGAGAUACUUGGGUUCCCCAACACGCACCACGGGUGGGAUCUCUGCGAGCUCGACCAUCUGCAAUGGCAGUGGCCAAUCCUCGACCGAGCGAACGACGCCACAUUCCCAAGCCUCCCCACGUAUCGUGCGGUCCCGUUCUCUCGAGAGGAAUGGGACCAAGUGUUCGGGCAGUACGACGCCGUUUCAGACGUGGCGUCUUUCUACGCCGAGUCUCUGAUCCCGGCGUAUCCUGACGCCAAGGUGAUCCUCGUUGAGCGCGACAUUGACGCUUGGUGGAACAGCAUGCAGUCCGUUGUCAAGCCGAUAAGCAGCCCCUGGAUGCGCUGGUUCGUCACCAAAGUCGGCGACUACUCAGGCUAUCCAUGCGGCUCCGUGUCGUUCCGGACGCAACAGGGCUGGACCAGAUCAGACCGUCCCGAAGAUGUUGGAAAGAAUCUGCGAGCAGCAUACAUCAGGCACUAUGAGUUCGUCCGCAGCAGUGUUCCGAGUAGGCAGCUUCUUGAUUUCAACUUGGCUGAUGGCUGGGAACCACUCUGUUCAUUUCUGGGGAAACCUGUUCCUGAUGUGCCCUUUCCGCAUAUCAAUGAGAAAAGGGAUUACGAGGCCAGAAGUAAAAGAUUGGGAGAUAAGAUCACAAAAAGCGCAGCCCGCAAAUUUUUUCUACUUGGUUAUUAG